AUGGCGAGGGAAGACGACACUCGAGCCAAUUCCACUGGCGUGGACAUUGAGCUAUCCAUGAAAAAUGUUGACCCUACGCUCGUCAAGCAUGCCAACGAUGCGGAUGAGGCCAUGAAGGUCUUUGAACACAUGCAAGGCGAGGCAAUUGAGCUUGAUGAGGCAACGAACCGUCGUUUAUUACGAAAAAUUGACUGGCACAUCAUGCCUGUGAUGUGCUGUGUCUACGGGAUGAAUUUCCUCGAUAAAACCACUUUGUCAUAUGCCAGCAUCAUGGGUAUAAAGGAGGACCUAGGACUAGUUGGAGAUCAGUACUCGUGGCUCGGCAGUAUUUUCUAUUUUGGAUAUCUUGCAUGGGAGUAUCCUACGAGUCGGUUGCUGCAACGCUUACCACUCGGAAAAUAUUCCGGCUCUUGCAUCGUGGUAUGGGGAGCUAUUCUUAGCUGUUUUGCUGCUGCGAAAAACUACCCCGGCGCCGUUGCUAUUCGUUUCUUGCUAGGUGUAUUUGAAGCGGCAGUGACACCAGGAUUUGCGCUUUUAACCUCUCAGUGGUAUACCCGCAAUGAGCAGGGCAGACGAGUAAACCUCUGGUACAGCUUCAACGGCUGGGGUCAAAUUUUGGGAGGCCUUGUCGCCUACGGAAUCGCUGUUGGAGCGGCAAAGCAUGGCACCUCGAUCGAACCUUGGAAAAUUGUUUUCUUGUUUACCGGAUGUCUUACCAUUACCUUGGGCUUACUGUUCCUCUGGAUUGUCCCAGACAGUCAGCUCAAUGCACGUUGGUUGUCAAAGGAGGAUCGUAUUCUGGCGGUUGCCCGUGUGCGAAUCAACCAACAAGGUAUUGGUAAUAAAAACUUCAAGUGGUAUCAGGUUAAAGAAGCUCUUUUGGACCCAAUGACCUGGGCGUUCUUCUUUUUCGCCCUCAUUGCGGAUAUUCCGAAUGGCGGCAUUACAAACUUUUUUAGCCAAUUGAUCACUAGCUUUGGAUAUACCGAAGUAGAGAGUUUGCUCUAUGGAACACCUGCUGGUGCUGUGGAAAUCGUGGCACUGCUUCUGAACGGUUACAUUGGCGAUAAGACCGGCCAGCGAAUUCUUACUAGUCUUGGUGGUCUUUUCACCGCGACCUUAGGAAUAAUUCUUAUUGUUGCUCUUCCGAUUGAGAAUAAUGUUGGUCGACUGGUCGGAUAUUACCUUACACAGGCCUUCCCUACUUCUUUUGUAGCCCUGUUAUCAUUGAUCUCAUCCAAUGUUGCUGGCUACACCAAGAAGACCACAGUCGCGGCGCUAUACCUCAUUGGCUACUGCGUCGGAAAUAUCAUCGGCCCGCUCACAUUCCGACCCGAGGAUGCCCCCCGCUAUGUUUCGGCAGAGAUUACCAUCAUCGCAUGUUGGGGUAUCUGCCUGUUUAUUUUGCUAUUUAUCUGGUGGUGGUAUAAGAGAGAGAACAGUCGCAAGGCUAACAUCACAUCCGCGCCCGGCUAUGUGAGACUAGAGAAUCAGGAAUUCCUUGAUCUUACUGAUAUUGAAAAUCACGACUUCGUCUACACGUUGUAA